AAUGCUCUUCCUGCGCGCCGGGCUGCGCCGAGCCUAGGAAGGCUCAGGAGAGGGCACUUCUGGGAAAGCACGUGAUGCCGGGGCGGGACUUCCGGCGUCCUCUUCUUGGCGGUCAUUUUGGUUUCUCGGAACUUAUAUCGGUGUAGAGGUGCUGAAGCACUGGUUUGGGAGCGAGGUGAUGGGACCGAGAAAGCGCAAGGGGAGGCGAUGUCCCCGCCGCGCAGACUGGCGUCCGCGACUCGCCGGGCUGCCCCGGGCUGCCUCGCGCCGAGGUCGGGACAGGGACCGCCGGCCCCGGUGUCCGCUCCGCCCACAGAGUCCGCGCAGGGACCCGGCUGAGGACAGUGUGACAUUUGAAGACGUGGCCAUGUACUUCUCUUGGGAGGAAUGGGGUCUCCUCGAUGAGGCUCAGAGAUGGCUAUUCCACAAUGUGAUGCUGGAGAACUUUGCACUUGUGACCUCCCUGGGUUGUUGGCAUGGAGCAGGGGAUGGGGAGGCACCUUCUGAGCAGAGCGCUUUUGUAGGAGCGUCUCGGGUUAGGACUCACCAGGCAAGCCCAGAUCCCCAGAAGGCACGCCCCUGUGAGAUAUGCGGUCUGGUCCUGAAAGACAUUUUGGGUGUGGCUCUGCAUCAGAGAACACAUCCCCAGCUGAGACCUCGCACAUGUGGGAGACGGACCAGUUUCAUUGCAAACCUUCACCAGCACGGGAAGCAGUGCAGUGUAGAGAAACCCCUGAAAAGGGCUUCACUUGUGAAGAGCUGCAGGUUCCAUGUGCCAGGGGAGUCCUUCACCUGUGGGGAAGUCGACAAGGACUUCCUCGCCGGUUCGGGCGAGCACCAGCACCAGGCCAGUCAUGAUGGACAGAAAGCUCACAGCAGCACCAUGUGUGGGGAAGCUGUUCACAGUGGGAAAAGCCAUCACAGUUGGUGUGAAGGCAAGAAAGCCUUCAGCCACAAAUACUCUCUUGCUCAACACCAGAGUGUCCAUGCCCAAGAAAAGCCUUACAAAUGCAGUGAAUGUGGGAAAUCCUUCACCCGAAGGUUUAACCUCUUGCAGCAUCAGAAGGUCCACACUGGAGAAAUGCCCUAUAAAUGUAAUGAAUGUGGAAAAUUCUUCACCAAUAUCUUCGGUUUCAUUCAGCACCAAAGAACUCACACUGGGGAAAAGCCUUACAAGUGCAGCAGAUGUGGAAAAUUCUUUGGCCAAAAGUCUACUCUUACUGUACAUGAGAGAAUUCACACUGGAGAAAAGCCUUAUGGGUGCCGUGAAUGUGGGAAAUUCUUUAGACAUAGCUCCAGCCUCAUUAAACAUCAGAGAGUUCACACUGGAGUGAGGCCUUAUAAGUGUGGUGAAUGUGGAAAAUGUUUUACUGACAACUCCUGCCUCAUUAAACACCGUAGAAUUCACACUGGGGAAAGGCCUUAUGAGUGCAAGGAGUGUGGGAAACUUUUUAGCCAAAGUUUUGGACUCACUCAACACCAGAGAGUUCACACUAGAGAAAGACGUUAUGAGUGCAGGAUAUGUGGGAAAUCCUUAACCCGCAAGUCCUACCUCAUUCAACACAACAGAGUUCACGCUAGAGACAGGGCUCCCGAGUGCAGGGAACAUGGGGAAUUCUUCAGUGACACCCAGUUUGCUCAACACCAAAAAAUUCACAUCAGAGAACGGCCUCAUGAGUGCGACAAAUGCGCAAAAGUUUUCAGCCGAAGGCCUAACCUCAUUCAUCACCACACAGGAAGUCUGUAUACAUGCAGCAAAUGUGGGAAAGUCUUCAGUCAGCGGCCUGCUCUGAUCGAGCACCAGAAUGUUCACCGUGCAGGUGGGCUUUAGGAGUGCACUGAAUGUGAGAAAGCCUUCAGCCAGAGAUGUGACCUCAUUUGACACAAAAAAAGUCCCCACUGAAGAAAGACCUCGUUGAGUGCAGUGAAUGUGGGAAAGCCUUCAGCCAGAAGUCUCCCCUCAUCAGGCACCGGGAAGUUCACACAGAGCAAAGCCAUGGCCGUGUAGGGAACAGGCUGUUUACCUGUUUGAUAUAAAGACAUUGGAGGAGAGCCUUCUGAAGGAGACAUCUUCCUGAAGUUGAACUCCUGCGUCUUAAAACACCACAGGGAAGAUUCCCUGUAUAUUCCAGGUAUGUGGGAAGCUUCCAGGAGCCACUCUUCCUAGCCUGGGUGGGGCCCUUGCCGAGAUUGUGUCAACUGCCAGUUUCUGUGGUGUAAGUCCUCUGAACUCUACUGUCUGAAAUGCCCAGGCUCCCGUGGUAUUUACGGAAGUAGACCUCUGAUUUCUCUGGAGAAAAUGAGCAACUUGAGCCUUUAGGGGGACAUCAUUACCUUCUCUUUAAUUCGUCACAUUCUUGACCCAGUUUUCUCCCAAAAGACCUUAUUUGUGUUCUGUUGGUGACUUGAGGAGGAAAUUUGUCUUCAUGGACAUUGUUUUCAUGACACUUGUGAUGGAUUUUCCAGUCUCCAUGUCACCAACCUGUACACAGGUUCACCUUGCUAUGGUUUGUGCAGUUAAAAAGGCCUUAUUGUUCAAGCCACCUUUUGUCUUGGGGGUUGUAUUCACUAACAGGUGCUUUGAAAACAUGCAGGGGUGAACAGCUUGUGUGGGAGUCCCAAACUUUGGUGCGCCUUAGAAGAGACCGUGUAAUGGCAGAGGACGGCUCUUCAGUUCGGCCUUGGCCUCCAAGGAAAGACUGUAGGCUUUGUACAACUGAUUGGCAGCCUGAAUGCCAAGGUCUUUUUGCAGACCCAGAGGUCACGCUGACGAGCACUGGGCACUGGUGACCGUAUCCGGUGCUCCCGGGACUAGUUUCUUUGCUUAUGGCGCAUAUUCUGUGAUGACCGCAUGGUGAAGAGGAGUUUUCUUCCCCAGGUCCUUCAGAGGAGCCACGUGCCCUGAUGUCUAGAGUUUUGUAAAGUAGUGUCACUGAUCUUAAAGCUGUAGGGCCCAGGGAAUACCGUCAUUGGUGCACAGACGUCGCGUUGACAGGGAGAGGUAGAGCCUGCAGCGAACAGGUGGACCGUGCCUCUUCUAAAAGUGUACCCAUAGCUACUGCAGUGACUGUGGCUGUGGCUGUGUUGGGUGGGCACGUACCUUCGGGCCUGUGUGUCUUGAGUAGCUGAGGUCAUUUGCAUAGAAAAUAAAGGUUUUGUGGAUUCUUGUG